CAGAAAUAAAUUGUACUAUCUAUAUGCACCCUAAUCUGUGUGAUCAUCUUUCCUCUUGCUUUGUAUUCACAGCAUUUUUAUGAACAUAAUAGCUAUUUACUUUGUUGACAGAAUCAGUAGUUUCCUGAAUAAACCAGAGAGUCACCUGAGACGCAAAGAUGUUGGAAGAAGAUAUGGAGGUGGCCAUCAAGGUGGUAGUAGUAGGAAAUGGAGCUGUUGGGAAGUCCAGUAUGAUUCAGCGAUAUUGCAAGGGGAUUUUUACAAAAGACUACAAGAAAACUAUUGGUGUAGAUUUCCUGGAAAGACAGAUCCAAGUUAAUGGUGAAGAUGUCAGGCUGAUGUUAUGGGACACUGCAGGUCAAGAGGAAUUUGAUGCAAUAACUAAGGCCUACUAUAGAGGAGCCCAGGCUUGUGUUCUUGUGUUUUCUACAACUGACAGAGAGUCCUUCAAAGCAAUCCCUACCUGGAAGGAAAAAGUUGUGACUGAAGUUGGAGACAUUCCCACAGUUCUUGUGCAGAAUAAGAUUGAUCUUCUUGAUGACUCUUGCAUAAAGAAUGAGGAGGCAGAAGCGCUGGCCAAGAAGCUGAAAGUGAGGUUCUACCGAGCGUCUGUGAAGGAAGAUCUGAACGUGAGCGAAGUUUUUAAGUAUUUGGCUGAUAAAUAUCUUCAAAAGCUCAAGCAACAAACAGCAGAAAAUUCGGAACUAGUACAUACAAGCAGUAACAAGAUUGGUGUUUUUAAUACAGCUGGUGGAAGUCACUCCAACCAAAAUUGUAGCACUCUUAAUGGUGGAGAUGUCAUCAACCUUAAACCCAACAAACAGAGGACCAAGAAAAACAGAAGUCCUUUCAGCAACUGCAGUAUACCUUAGACCACUUUUGGAGGAAAUUAAGCAACUCGGAGAUCUGGAUGAAGUUGUGCAAUUGAAUACAGAAUAAAGUCAGCUGUAGAGGUAUUUUACCGGUGCUUUAGCAAAUCCUAUGCCUCCUUGAGAGGGUGCAUUUAGAUGAAUUUGCUGAUGCCAUGGGUUUGUUGCGUGGCGUGAGACACCUGGUGGCAACACACAGAACCGUGGCUGCCUCGUGCACUUUGUACAGAUAAGUUGAGCUUUUCCUUUUCCAAGGAAUUACUUACACGGCUAUGAACUAGGUAUUGCUGAAUUGCAGAGCACAUUUAACCUAAGGAUAGUAUUUACAAUGUAGGUACGGACUGUAACUCAUGGCCCAAGGUAAUGUAGCAACCUUGCAACUAAAUUUCAAAGAAAAUAUUAGAAUUGGUUAGUCAGUACGCUACCAAGAUAAAUGAAGAGCAAAAAAACACUACUUCAUUUUAUGCCUGACCAUAUUAAUACGGAUUCUGGCAGUCCUGUGGGUGCAAGAUCUUUGCAUUAUAUAUAUGUUUGCUAAGGUAUGUAUGUAAACAUUUGGGAUGAAUAUCUAGGCUUGGUUCCAAUGUAUAUGUUACUUGGAGAUCAGCUAAUGAACAUCAAAUAGCAUCUUCCAAUUGUCCUUUGAAAAUGUUGCAUUUCAGAUGAAGCUUUCCAAGCUGCCACUGUGUCUGUUGAACUUGCUGUACUCUGGGCCUAAAAGCUUAGAUUUAAAAAUGUAUCAUGCCAAAAAUGCUCCUUUUUACCUAAUGCUAUGCUACAGAUAAGUAAGUUUGUAACUUUGUUUUUCUCAGUCUUAACAGGUUGAACAAAUAACACUAAUAGCUAUUCAGAAGGAACAUAUAUUCUUGUUGAAAUUUGUUUGUUUUAUCCUGUGUCGUCUUAUGAAAAACGAAUUUUCAAAAUGGUGUUACAAACUAUUUGUCUUAUUUGAAAUUUUUGCAUAGACACCAUAGAUAACUAAGUUACAGGGAUCCAAAAAAAUUGCAGCUGAUUGUAUUAGAGAGACAUUCUUGAAUGUUGUCUCAUAUUUUAAAGUUAAGGAAAUCUAAUUCUGCAAGAUGGGAGUCAUGGCAAAAAAAUUUCAAAGUGCUUCAGUAAUUUUACAGAACUGAUUUAGAUGUUUAGGAGCCCAAAUCUAACUUCAAGAUUGUUUGGGCUAAGGCUCCUAAAUCACUAAGGUGCUUUUAAAAAUGCUAAGCAAGAUACCUUUUAUUUAGCAAAAAUGAACACUUUACAAUCCUCUUCAAGAUCAUGCAAGCCUUUUAAAAACUAUCCAUUUUGUUUACAUGUUUUUGUAUCGUAUGAUAUAAUUUUAACUUUCUAAGAUUUCUACAAGUCUGCCAGUGACAAAUGCAAAAUCUGCUGCUUAAAAAAGUCAGAGUUUUAAUAGUUUUAUAAAUGGUGUAUGAGAAUGAAAAUUGGUUGAGUGAUCCUGUAUAUUUUUGAAGGAAGGAUUUUUCACUAUGUGAAUUCAUAGGAGGCUUGACUGACUUUGUUUCUAAGUCAAUGAGUAUGAGAACUGAAAUGUGUUCUUAUUCCUACUGUCUUCAGGGAGAGAAGUGAGUGGCAAGUUAUGCACAAACACUAAAAAGAUCUGAACUCUUUAUUUGUGUUUACUGUAUUAGACUUUCUACCGAGUACCAUGGUUUCUUUGAAAAGCUGUUAGAGGUCUCCUGCUGCUGGCAAGAAGGAGGGCACACAAUCCUUUUUGCUAUUGCAGCAAAACUAUAUGUUCUUCACCUUGCCUUCUGUGUGUAAUGCUUCCUGUAUUUUCUCUUGGAUAAAGGCCUCUAUUUUUUAACAAGUACAUUUAAUCACUGUAUAUAUAAAUGGAGUCAAGUCUUAUCUGUCUUAGCAGUUUAAGAAGUAAGGUACUUGGGAUAAGAUAAUUGAACAUUAUGGGGCCACCUCACAACUUAGGGUAGAGUGCAUGCAUCAAUAAUUUUGACAGCUGUUUUUAAUAUGAAAACUUUUACAUUUCAUUGUCUGUCUGCAAGUUUAAUGGGGUUUUAUUCAUUUUUCAUGAAAAACAAACAAAACCACAAAGUGUCUAAAACAUCUUUUUUUUUGCCUUGUUUGACUUUGCACAGUGUCCUGAAAAGUCUUUAUUAUGUACUAUGACAAUUGGUACUAUUUUAUGUUAUGCUGUAGCACAUUGUACAAAUAAUAUAGGCUGUUUGUAUUUAAAGUAUGUCACCAUAAACUACUGUUUUAAUGACUCAGCAGAAAUUUUCACAGGUGGACAGACUUGAUAAAUUUAAGAUAUGUUGAAAUGUAGUGCUUAUACUUUAAUAUAGGAAUAGUUAUUUGCAGCAUUGGGUAACAGUGAGUUUUCAUUUUAUCCUCAUCCUAAAUCUAAACUGGACCUUUCUUUAUUGAGAAAUAAAGAAAGUGCAGUGCUUGUUCUCCAAUAUGACUGAGAUGGAAACUACCCAAAUUAGCAUCUUUCUGGGAAGUGCCCUGCAUGUACACUGCUUGAAAAUCUUAAUUCUUUAUUCUACUGGGGUUAGUGUGUAGAUGUAAACCAGAUGACUUGCAUAUUCCAGGAACCCUUAGGUAUUCACAUCACUCUUCAGUGGCACUAAGUUUUGCCUUUUGGAAUAAGGGACAUGCCUAAAUGUUUUAGCACUUUUGUUGUCCUUCAUGAAUAAUUUUUAUUACAAACAUUACUUCAUUCCCCACUCAAAGUGUACUCAUUAAAAUAUCCUAUGUUUCAUUUAGCAAAACCUACAGGUGCAGAGCUGGUAAUAAAAAUGCUCCUUUCUUUGCAUCCCUGGGACUGCACAGUGGGUGAGAAUGUAGCUCUGUUACACCUGUGGUACCCUGGAUUAAGAGCAAGAGAUGCUCGUGCCACAAGACACAAAAUUCAUUGCACUCCUGUAUAUUUCUUUUUAUACCUCUUGAAUUGCUCAUUGGCUGUACUAUCUGGGUCUUGCCACAAUUCUUUACCCUUGGCUGAUCAAGCUACCACUAGGAGGAAACUUCAGUGAUUGUUAAUGCCUUAGUGAAAUUGAGAUUCACUAGAGUAUGACACUACAGCUUUGUCACUUCUGUGUUGUAUCCAUUCAGUGAAUGGGUGUUCUCCCAGUAUGUGGGGCGUCGUUAGAUGCAAAGCAGUAAUGCUAGGGAUGUAUUUCCAACUGGAAAUAGCAAAUCUCAAAGUUGUACGACUGAUCACACAAAUUUUUGUUUGUGUGUGUGGUUAAUUUAAAAAAAAUUUAAAUAUUCCACUUAGGACAAUUUUGAAGCUUUCUUAUUUUCAGUGUUUCUUAAGGCAACACUUUUGUAGUCAAAAUGCCUGAAUUACUACACUGUUUGUUAGUCUGAUUUCCUGUUUAAUUUUUAUGCUUCUUAUUUUCUUCAUUAUUGAGCUGCAGCACAUCUGACAUGAAGUUUUCCCUUGCAUCAUUUCUGUAGAGGUGGGAUAAUCUCAAGAGCAUUGAGCAGCUGAACCCACAGCACUCUGGGGGGUUAUGUGGGGUACAUGCACAAGACUCAGCAAGCCUGCACUUGAAACUGUUCAUGCACCCUUCAGGCUGAGAGUUCCACGUGUUAACAGGGAGGAUGAUCUGCCCUUCUCCUCUGUGGGAGCUCAUACAGCAAGCCAACACACAUGCUGCUCCCAUUCCAGUGACUGCCAGAGCCCCUGCUGCUUUUCUAUGUGUAGACAUAGACCUUCAGUUCAAGUUACAGUACCUGCACACUAAUUGUACCAAAAUUAGUGUAAGGAUGGUCCAGCAGGCUCCAGUUCAUCGAAACAACAUUACCAUCUUUUUAUAGGAAGCAAAAGUUGUGGAGAUCUUCCUAAUGCACAAACAGUAUUGAGAGAAGAAAAUAAUUCUCUGUUAAACACAGCAUCCAAGCAGGUAAUCAAAAUUACAGAAUGAAAAACACAGCAAUGCUUAGAUUUAAGAUAAAAGGUGCUAUAAUGGAAUAAAAGAAACCUGCUUCUGUUCCAUGUCAAAGUGUUCAAUAUAAGUGAUCUAAAAGCAAGAUGAAUCCUAAUAUCAAACUAGGCUCAUUCUCAGGUUUCUAUAGAAAAUACUGAUAAAUAGUUUUUCAUUUCUGCCAAACUAACUAAAGUUAAGAAAAAUUACUACUUACUGUGGACCAGGAGAAACACCACUCUCAUUGUGAGGAUUAAGAUGCAUUGUUACUAAUGGCUUAAAUGUAACUGGGUAAAAGAGGAAAUGUACAUAACUGGUUUAAAAAAAAAAGUCAACAUACCAUAAAUCCUCAAGCAGAAGAAUCAGUGUUUAAAACUGAGUAUCUUGUGUAUGCUGUUCUGUAAAAUACCUGCAAAUUAAUUCUGCUGUUCUCUUGUAAGUGACACUAGUUGCAUCAUGCAACUUUAAACGUUUGUUUGCUUAUUGUUGAGUCUGAUAUAAGUCACUACUUUUGUGGUUAUAUUAAAUUGUCAGUAUAUUAAAUUUCAAAAAUUGCUGUAACUACAAGCUGUGCAACCUCAAUCUGAUUGAGAAACGUGUGCUUGAUUCUUGUGUGUGUGUUGCCAAUAGCUGGGAUCCAAGGCAGCACAUGAGAGCACUCAAAUGAACAAGUGUGGAGACCACAGUCAAAUAGAACUUAGCUCUUGCCUCUGAUUUCUUUACCAUGUGGUUGAAAUACAAAAUAGGGAUUCUUUUCUGCUCUUCUUGGUCAUUUUGCUUUUCAUGAUUGGUCUGGCCAAUACAGUGACAAGGUUUAAGUCAAAGAUUGUAGACAUG